AUGUUUGAUCCAACGCUGGUGUUACGGUUUGUUUUGAUGGCAGUAACGGCUGCUACAGGAGUGGGCGUGAUAAGUGCUGGCAUCACCGUCGGUGUGAUCGCUGCACAACAACAAGGGUUUUUACGCGAAUCUACUACAGUCUUCAAGUCAUCAGCAGGAAUUGCCGUCAAUAGGUACAUUGGACCUUCCGAAGUACCAUUGUUUUAUGAUGCGGUUGAAACAAUGCUCGAAUUAGCUGAUAGUGUAAAAGAAGUUUUGCGAGAGAAAUAUGGCGACAAGUUUGUGAACGUAGAAAUUGUAACAUUUUCAGCAACACCGAAUGUCACACUGAACGAUUCUAAAACUAGCCCACGGGAUGCGAAAAGCGCAGCUUCUGGUGUGGAAAGCAGUGCCAUUAAUCUCAGAACACACAAUGUUGCAGAAAUAGAAGGCCGGCAGAGUAAUCACGACUGCAAAAUAGACGUCGACAUAAUAAAUUGUACGAUUGAAUCCUGGGACAACAAAAAUUGUCCGCCCAUACACUUCAGAAUUGAUAAUUGCACAGAUUUCCUAGGCAAUAUAUUAGAAUGCGUCAAUCAGACAAUACCAGUGUACCAAUGCACGAAUGAAACACAGGACAUUAUCAAUUGCGAUGGCAAUAUUACACUAAGAAUACCACAUCACUGCUAUUCUGGACCCAAUCAAACAUCACCAACUAACCCGACAUUACGAACUACAACCAGUAUUAGUAGCACUUCUACUCAAACUACUACAACCGCUCUCUCUGAUAAGAGUACGACAACGAUUACUGCUGAGCAUAAAUGUGAAGCUCCAGCAAAUGCUACUGGUCAGCGAUCAAUUGUGUUCUCAACUAUGUAUUUGUAUUUCAAUGCAAAACAAAGUGAUGCUCCUCUAGUUGAUGAUAUCGUCGCUGCAUUGAAAAAUAUAAAACCACCGAUUGUGCUUUACAAUGUCUGUCGAACACCGAGUCCAGCUGCAGGCUCUUACAAUAGCACAUUGUCUCAUGUCGCUAAACCUGAAAAAACCAAUGUUGAGCUAUCGGCAGUACAAGAUAAGCCAAGCGUAUCAGACAAUUUGAAAGAUACAGUCAAUGCAGAGGCAGACGCAGCCAAAGAAAAUAUCCUUCCACCUACCUCUACUGAUGCAAUCGGAUAA